AAUUACUUUUGAAACCCACGCAUCAAUUUUUUUUUUCUCUAAAUUUUUGUAGUACAGAAGAUUAUCACACUCGCCCUCAGGACACGCAAAUGAAGUUUGCAACACGCACAGUAGUCAAGAAACGAAUCUCUUGACCCAGUCGAUGAUAUGACAAUAAGAACUAGCUGUUCAAAAGCACACUGUUAUAUACAUAUAUAUAAGCCUAACAACAUAUCUCACAAAGUGUGAUAGCUGAUACUUUGCUUUGAAUAAAGUUUUUGGUGAGUUCAUGUUCGUCAUUCUUCUCGUUGCAUAAGCUCGUCUGCAUUGCAUAAAGCAUGGAAAUAGGACCACAAUGGAUUGUCUCCUCAAAGUUGAACACAUGGCUAUGGUUUGUCUUGGUUCCAAUUUUCAUUACUCACGCCAGCUCAAGACUAGACAAACCUGUUGGAAGAGAAAUUACCAACGAUAACCAUCCAGAUUUCAUAAGCAUAGAUUGUGGAUCACUCAUAGAUUACUUGGAUCCGGAAACUGGAAUUCGGUAUCAGACAGACGAAGAUUUUGUGGAAACAGGAUCGAAUCAUAAGGUUUCAUCAAGUGUGGACCUGAGCUAUCCCUACUUUGGGAAACAAUUGAAUACACUGAGAAGCUUUCCAGAGGGAGACAGAAACUGCUACACCCUAAAACCUAAACAGGGCAAAAAUAAUAACUAUUUAAUCAGAGCUUUCUUUUCAUACGGAAAUUAUGACUCCAAAAAUGAAACCUCAUCUUUCGACUUGUACAUUGGGGUCAAUUACUGGUACACAAUAAAUAUAGAUCUGGACAACGGUUACACCUUUGUUGAGGUUAUUCACACUCCCUCAUGUGACACUAUACAAUUGUGUCUUGUAAAGACUGGACCAACAAUACCUUACAUUUCUUCAUUGGAAUUACGCCCUUUGAACAAUUCCAUUUAUCAGACAAUGUCAAGUACUACUUCACAACCGCUACUGCAUAAGCAGUUAAGGAUCGAUGUUGGCUUCCGUGGAUUCCCUACCCACUCCAGGUACAAAGACGACGUCUAUGAUCGGUUGUGGCGAUAUGACAAAUAUGAAGUUACAAACAGUUGGCUUCCUUUGGACGAAUCAAUUGAUAUGGAUCCUUCAACCAGUGCAUAUAAAUUGCCAGCCCAAGUAUUAAGGACUGCAUCCCAAUCACUAAAUGUCUCGUACCCCUUGAAAUUUGACUAUGACUCUCUGUUUAACGACCUGGAUACAAAUUAUGAGUAUCGUGUCUACUUUCACUUUGCUGAAAUUGAGGCACUUCCACCGGGUCAAAAUAGAAUUAUCAAUAUCACCCUUAAUUCUAAACCCGUCCUCUCACACCCUUUGGUUCUUCAAUACAUGAAGCCAGUCACCAUUAGUCCUCAAGAUGCAGUCCGAGGUAGAAUUUCAUUUAGCAUUAGUGCAACGUCAGAAUCUGCUGCUCCUCCCAUCCUUAACGCCUUUGAGGCCUACAAGUUGAUACCCGGUCUUUAUUCCCCAACAGACGCUCGAGAUGCUGGUGCUAUUAUGGACAUUAAAAGCGCCUACCAUAUCACUUGGCUGAAUUGGCAAGGGGACCAGUGUCUUCCAAAGCAAUUUGCAUGGGAGGGUCUCACUUGCAACUCUGACACCAAUCCCAGGAUCACAGCUUUGAACUUGAGCUCAAGCAAAUUGACAGGGGAGAUAAAUAUUUCAUUCUCAUAUCUUACAGUACUAGAAAUCCUGGAUUUGUCAAAUAACUAUUUAGAAGGACCUGUGCCAGAAUUUCUGGCAGAAUUAACCAAGUUAAAAUUACUUAAUCUCACAGGGAACAAGCUUUCAGGCCCAAUUCCUAAGGCUCUCAAGAAAAAGGCCGAUACAACUCUGCAAUUGAGUGUGACUGAUAAUCCUUAUAUUUGUAUGUCUCAUUCAUGCGAAAGGAAGAACUUCGUUGCACCACUUGUUGCUUCAGUUUCAGCUUUAAUUGUAAUCAUUUUGAUUGCUCUUGGAUUUUGGAUAAUCAAAAGAAGACCGAAAGUUAUGCGUUCUGAUUCUCAAAAGGGUAGAUCAUUGAAAUACAAACAUCGAGCAUUCAGUUAUAGUGAGAUUCUCAAUAUUACUGAAAACUUCAAAACUAUUAUUGGAGAAGGAGGAUUUGGAAAAGUUUACUUUGGCACUCUGCAAGAUAACACUGAAGUCGCUGUUAAGUUGCUUUCACCAUCAUCAAUGCAAGGUUAUAAGGAAUUCCGUUCUGAGGCACAACUUCUUAUGAUUGUUCAUCAUAGAAAUUUGGUCUCUCUAAUUGGGUAUUGCGAUGAAGGUGAUAUUAAAGCAUUGAUUUAUGAAUACAUGGCCAAUGGAAAUGUCCAACAGCACUUAUCAGUGGACAAUCCAAAUGUCUUGAAGUGGAAUGAGAGACUUAUUGUCGCAGUGGAUGCAGCACAAGGACUAGAUUAUCUGCAUAAUGGCUGUAAACCUCCUCUUAUCCACAGAGAUUUGAAGACUUCCAACAUAUUACUAGAUCAGAACAUGCAUGCCAAGAUUUCUGAUUUUGGUCUAUGCAGAGCUUUUGGUAACGAUAUUGAUUCUCAUAUAUCAACUCGUCCUGCUGGCACAGCAGGUUAUGUUGAUCCAGAAUUUCAGAGAACUGGAAACUCAACUAAGAAAAGUGAUAUCUACAGCUUUGGGAUAAUUUUAUUUGAGCUAAUCACUGGGCAACAAGCAGUAUUAAGAGCACCUGGAAGAAAGAUUCACAUCCUUGAGUGGGUUAUACCAAUUGUUGAAAGAGGAGAUAUUCAAAAUGUUAUUGAUCCAAGGUUACAGGAAAAAUUCAAUGUCAAUUCUGCAUGGAAAGCUAUAGAGAUUGCCUUAUCUUGCAUUUCACCAGUUGCAGCUUAAAGGCCAGACAUAAGUGAAACAUUGGCAGAGCUAAAGGAAUGUCUACCUUUGGAGAUGGUUCAGAGACAAGCUGAAAGCGAAAUAAGUAUAGUUGAUUCAAGUAUUUCUCCCUCAGCUAGGUAGCUACCAUGCAAUGAUCUCUUGUGUGCUAUUUUAUGUCACUGUUAUUGCCUUAGUACAAUUUCUCAUUUAUGUCACAAUAUACAUGGAAGAAUGUGCAUGAAAAAGCAACAAAUGAUUAGUAGUUUACUCUUAAACCAAGGAUUUGACAGAAUAUUAGUACUCAAAUUGUGUGCCUUCUGUGUCAAGAUAACUUUGUUAUCCAAUUUAUAAAAAAAAUCAGUGUAGAUAAUUUUUAUAAUAAGGAUGCAUAAAACAAGCAGUGUUCAUGAAAUUUGAGCCAUAUUGGCUUUUUCAUUUGUAUCCUUUGCAUUGAUAUUUUAUGAGUUUGGAUUUUG